AGCCUGUUUCUUAAUGCAGCAGCUGAAAAUGCAAGCUGCGUUGCAGACUGUCAACAUCGAGUCAUUUAACAAUAAAAAAAUGAGAUAAUAGUUGCAAUUACAGGCGCAUUCUUGGCGGUAGAAAGCAUGGAAGGAAGAGGAAAUGCAACGUCCGGUAUUGGAUGCCAUAUUUGCGGUCUAAUAUUGGCGAGAGGAGGAAGUGUGAGAGUUCCAAGGAAAAACGUUCGCUCCAUAGCCGGUUUACCGCUACUCGCAUGGGCUCUGCGACCUAUGCUUGAUUGUAAAAAGUUGACAUCUGUGUGGGUGUCGACGGAGGACACCGAAAUCGCGGAAGUGGCUCUCCGCUACGGUGCCCAGGUCCAUUACAGGGACAAGAAAAGUGCCAAAGACAGUAGUUCCUCGAUCUCGGGAGUGCAGGACUUCGCACUAAAACAUCCAGAAAUAUCCAUCAUAGCUCUCGUUCAAUGCACCUCUCCUUGCUUGCUGCCCAUGUACUUGGAUAAGGCUUGUGAGAUGAUUCUUGACCAAAACUACGACUCCGUCUUUUCGGUGGUGAGGCAAAAAAAGCUGAGAUGGAAAGAAGUUUCUGAUGGCCAAAGCACGGAAGCACUGAAUUUUAAUCCUCGCCAUCGGCCAAGAAGUCAAGACUGGGACGGAGAGUUGGUGGAAAGCGGCCAUUUCUACGUCAGCAAGUCUUCGCUCAUCAAAGAAGGGUUAUUGCAAGGGAAAAAGUGCGGGUACGUGGAAAUGCCUGAAGAGCUAUGCAUUGAAAUUGAUUCCGAAACCGACUGGAUCAUUGCUGAAAAAUUACUGGAACUUUAUGGAUACAGAAAGAAUGUUAAUGAAUUGAAAGAAUAUUACGUUUGAAGGGCUACACAAAAACUGGAGUUAAAUGUUCUUUAGGGAAACUUUUGGGGGUAAUGAAGGUUUUUUUUUUUUCUCUCUCUCUUCGACUUCCUUUUUUUAAAAAAAAAGUUCCAUAGUUGCCGAUAAACAUUACAUCGUAGCAAAGCGUAAUAUAUGGUAUAGGGUCACGUUACAACCAUUUGAUGGCAC